UGGUGAAGCUCAACCAAUGAUUUCCGCUGUUGUUACAGUGCCGCUCCUGGAAGUCGUAAAAGGGAAGUUCAACUGUUAUUGUAAGUGCCCGGUGAGAGCUUUUAGUCACACGCUACAAAGUUGAGAUGUUCCGCCGUGUGCUGGGGAAGACCUUUGGUUUUGUGGGCUACACAAUCCAGUAUGGCUGCAUUGCACACUGUGCUUUUGAAUACAUUGGAGAGUUAGUCGUGUGUUCUGGUCCAUCCAUGGAGCCCACCAUUGUCAACGAGGAUAUUGUCUUCUCUGAACGGAUGAGUCGGCAUCUUUGCAAAAUACAAAAGGGUGAUAUAGUCAUUGCAAAAAGUCCAUUUGACCCAAAUAUGAACAUUUGUAAAAGGGUAAUUGGAUUGGAGGGUGACAAGGUCUGCACAAGUUCCCCAUCAGAUUUGUUCAAGACCCAUACAUAUGUUCCAAAAGGCCAUGUGUGGCUAGAAGGGGAUAACCUUAGGAAUUCUACUGACUCAAGGAACUAUGGCCCAAUUCCCUAUGCCCUCAUCCGAGGGCGUGUUUGCUUAAAGCUCUGGCCACCACAUAGUUUUGGGACCCUGAGUGAAAGUCCAACAGAACGGAUCAUUAAAACUCAGAGCGACUCGGACUCAGAUUGACUUGUCUGCUUUGUUUAUAUUUGUACUUGUUCUUGACUUUUUCAUUUUUGAAUAAAAGUGUUAAUUCUU